CCGGAAGUGCAGUUACAGUGCUUGUCAAAAAAUCCCUCAAUCCUGCGAACUGCGAAACAAAGCUUGCCAAGAAGCUCUGCUUUGGACAGACACGCAGUACUGACACACCUUCAGACAGAGAAACAGACAGAGUCCAGCUGGCUAGCCAUGGCAGCAGCAAGCUGAACAGAUGUGCGAGGGACUUUGAUCUAGGGUGCCUGCAGCUAUUUUGGAGUCUGGACAUCCUCUUGUAUUGGAUUCAUCACUCUGCAGCUCUCAGUACGGCAGGUGUUGUUUAAUAGGCUGCCCGCUUGCCUUAUUAUUGACUCACUUCACCACUACACACCCCACAUCACCUCAUCCAACACCUGACUGGUGCACCAGCCCUAUCCAGGUUCUCUCUGCAUCAAGGCUGACCAUGUCCAGUGUCCCAAGCCACCCUCCCCCAGCAGAAAUGUUCAGCGACCCCAUGGCUGAGAGCUGGUGUUACACUCAGAUCAAAGUAGUGAAGUUCUCCUACAUGUGGACCAUCAACAACUUCAGCUUCUGUCGUGAGGAGAUGGGAGAGGUCAUCAAAAGUUCCACUUUCUCCUCAGGAGCCAACGGCAAACUCAAAUGGUGUUUGCGUGUGAAUCCUAAAGGUCUGGAUGAGGAGAGCAAAGACUAUCUGUCACUUUACUUGCUCUUAGUCAGCUGCCAAAAGAGUGAUGUGCGCGCCAGGUUUAAGUUUUCUAUCCUCAAUGCCAAGGGAGAAGAGACCAAAGCCAUGGAGAGCCAGAGGGCAUAUCGUUUUAUCCAGGGGAAGGACUGGGGUUUCAAAAAGUUUAUUAGGAGGGACUUUCUGCUGGACGAGGCCAAUGGUCUGCUGCCCAACGACAAACUGACACUUUUAUGUGAGGUGAGUGUGGUGCAAGACUCUGUCAAUGUCUCAGGCCAGAACGCGAUGAAUUUGGUGAAGGUUCCUGACUGCAGGCUGGCCAAGGAGCUUGGGGAUUUGUGGGAAAACUCAAGAUUCACUGACUGCUCCCUGUGUGUCGCUGGCCAGAAAUUCCAGGCCCACAAAGCCAUCUUGGCGGCCCGCUCACCGGUGUUCAGUGCCAUGUUUGAGCAUGAGAUGGAAGAGAGUAAGAAGAACCGGGUGGAGAUAAAUGACAUGGAGCCAGAUGUCUUCAAAGAGAUGAUGUGCUUCAUCUACACAGGCAAGGCCCCCAACCUGGACAAGAUGGCUGAUGACCUGCUGGCUGCAGCUGACAAGUAUGCGCUGGAGAGGCUGAGGGUGAUGUGUGAGGACGCUCUGUGUACAAGUCUGUCUGUGGAGAACGCAGGAGAGAUCCUCAUCCUCGCCGACCUACACAGUGCCCACCAGCUCAAGACACAGGCUGUGGACUUUAUAAACUACUUUUCUCCAUCUUUUGGACGUGUUCCCACAUGGGCUCCAUCUUCCUAUCUUCUAUGUUUACUCCCAUCUUCAUUCUCUCCUUUUCUCCAAUUCUGUGUGUAAGAACUCAUGUGUGCCUAAAGGUGUUCAGUAAUGCAGAUUUCUGCCCCUAAUCCCUGUCAUUAAUUGUGGUUAUGGGCGUUAUGACAGUUUAAUUUGCGACAGUGUUGUUGUGGUGGUAGGAAAAUUGGCCACGGGGGACUCCUGGCCAGCAAAGCGUUAUCAACCCUCCUCCUGCGGACACAAUCGACAGCAACAAGAGCAACAAAACAAAAAUCAAUUUAGAGGAUGAAUACAGAAAACAGAUGACACGGAGGAACCAAUAAUCCUCCCCACAGUAGCACCUCAACCUCUUUCCAGACCAGUCGUUACAAGCAGCUUACAGUCAUUUAGUCGAGACAAUAGCAGUCCUCUUUAUCCUCCCUGGUUUUCAAUUAUUUAUCCUCUCCAGGGGUGUAGAGAGAGUAAAGGCAUCCAAACUCUCUUACCCACUAUGUUUAUAGAAAAGAGUUCACCCACCCUUUUUUUUAAGCUUAACAUGAAUCUUAAUAUUUAUAUGAAUUUGUUGAAUAAAGCAGGACAGGUAGUGACACCAGGGCACGAGUAUCUAAAGUAAGACACUUUUAAUGCAAAAACAAACAAACACCGCUUUCUUGAAAUAAAUAUUUUUGAUAAUUGCGGUGGUUUGUGUCUUUAUUGCUGCUGACUGGAGGUCAGAGCUUCUUUUUGAUUUACUGUCACAUUGCUGCUCCUCACAUCCCUCUGUCCCCUCCUGUCCCUCCCUCUGCACUUUCAUUACUCUCCCUUACCUCCCAUAUUUUUUUUUUAUUAAUUUAUUUAUUUGUCACUGCUGCUGUUGUCUGCUUCUCUCGCUCUCCUUGGUACAUCCCUCCUCCUUCCUUUCCCACUGUGGCUGCUCUCCUCGUGCCCUUUUGUUGGCCUGUUGCUCAGCCUCAGCACACCAGCCAUUACUGUAAGCAGGGGUUCACGUCCUCCACAGAGAAUAGGGUCACAGGUUGGCUGGAGGUCUGGGGCUGCUGUGUGGAGAGUAAAUGACCACACACGAACACACAGGCAUGCACACACGCAAACAUACACACACACACACACACACACAACUGAGUGCCAAGAGAAGACAUAAACACAAGUGUGAACUCACACAUGCUGUUGUGUACGAUGAAACAAGAAAAAUGUCAUUAAAGGCCACACAGUUGCGUGCAUGAUACUGCAGCUUAGCGCCCCGAGGGUGCCAGGAGGGUGAGGACUGCCACAGGGUCUGUCGGUGGAAACUCAGAUCUGUAGGAGAUGAUGAUGAAGACUGAAACUCAUCAGCAAUUAAAUACAAUUUUUUUCAGCUAUUGGUACUUAUUCCUUUUUAUGUAUUUUUCUUGUUUUGUUUUGGGCUCCAUUUUAGUUAUCUUAUCUUGACACGUCUUGAGCAACACAUCCACAGGGAAUCAAAUCAGAAAUUCUGCUCAACAGAAAACUUAGGGACUAAGGAACAGCAUUUCUGGUCGAAUUGUUUAUUGCUUCAGUCACAUGUAACGCGUAAUGACAGAUAAGAAAAAAGGUUAAGAACCAGGGCUCUGAUCUGCUCUUUUGUGAUUGUAAAUAUAUAUUUUCAUGACAUGCCCAUAUAUUUCUGAUCUAUGAAUGUCUCCUUUUUAUUUUUCUCUUGCAAAAUGACCUUCUGGUUUUAACAUUCAAAAAUAUAAAGUAAAUAACAGCUCUGCCAGCUGGUAUGACAAAUCCUCAGAUGGAGUCAUAUCAUCCCAAACUUUUCAGAAAGUCAUGUUUGUGCACUUAUUUUAUUAAUCUGUUUUCUUUAAUAUUUUCUCACCGUUUUCUGUUGUGUAUCCCCCCCCCCCCCG